UGUAACAAAUCGCGGGUCAAGGUCGUGACAGGUGCUCGCAAAAUUUUCACAAAACCAUCUAAAAAUGCCGAAGAAAAAGACAGGUCAGCGAAAAAAGGCGGAAAAGCAAAGGCGAAGACAAAAAGAAAUCCAAAAUUCGGGUUCAAAUCGGGCAUUGGUUGAGAAGGCGUGCAAUCUCGUGAUGGAAUGUGAUUCAUGCAAAAGGCGGCAAAAGAAUCGAGCCUUCUGCUACUUCUGCCAUAGUUUACAAAGGCUACCCGCCUGUGGUGAAUGUGGGAAAACAAAGUGCAUGAUGAAAAGUGGUGAUUGCAUUGUUAGACAUCCUGGAAAUUUCACCACUGGUAUGGCAAUGGUUGGUGCUGUCUGUGAUUUUUGUGAAGCCUGGGUGUGUCAUGGGAAAAAGUGCCUUUCUGUCCAUGCCUGUACCUGCCCCCUAGCCGAUGCUGUCUGUGUUGAGUGCAACCGAACUGUCUGGGACCACGGAGGCAGAAUCUUCCAGUGCUCGUUUUGCCAGGGUUACCUCUGUGAUGAUGACCAGUUUGAACAUCAGGCCAUGUGUCAAAUUGUUGAGGCAGAGACACUUAAGUGUCUGUCUUGUAAUCGCCUUGGCCAGUGGUCAUGUAUGAAGUGCAAGACUAACUUUUGUGAUGACCAUGUCAAGAGAAAGGGCUUCAAAUAUUCAAAGGGUGUGCCCAUUCCCUGUCCCAAAUGUGGUCACGAGACAACUGAAUCUAACCAGCUGAGUUUAUCAACCCGUAAUCAUAAGUAUGGUCGUCAGACGGAGGAGGACAAUGAAAGUGCAUGGGGCUAUUCUGGUUAUGAUGGAGGAGACAGCACAUUCACUGGGUAUGGUGGUGUGUCCUUUGGUGGAGGAAGGGCUGCCCAGCGUUCAGACGAUGAUGAUGAUGAAGAUGAUGAAGAUUACGAUGAUGAUGACGAUGAUGAUGAUGAUGAGAGUGAGGAAGAGAGUGAAGAAGAAGAAGCAGACGUCAAGAACAUAAAGGAGAAAACUGAGGGGCUUACGAUAUGAGGAUAUUUGUAGGAACUGUCAUUGAAUCUAUUCUUAAAACUGUGUCUAUGGAACUAACUUCAACGGAAAAUAUAUCAUUUGUAGAAAAAGAGGUUUGGUCAAUGAACAGAACUUUCACUCUUGGUGCGUUCUAAGAAACUCUGCUUUCCGAAGGAGAGAGUCAUUACUGUAUAAACUUUCUCAAAAAAGUUUUGUGAAAUAUGCUCUUGUGAACUUGCUGCUGGUGGUGAUCAAGUUAUAUCUACCGGUGAAUUAAAGUGAAGGUGCUGAACCUUGGAGUGUGAUCACACUGAAAAAUGAGUGGUUUCAACAAAUUUAUGCAGAUGUAUUUUCGGAGUUUUCAAUUGGUUACAACCAGUGCUCAGGAAAUAUCUUGAUAUUAUCGAAUGAAAUGUGGCUUGUUACAUGUUCAAUAUGUGGUACAGAAUAAAAUAGUUCUCGGAAAGAAUAUAAA